AUGCUGUCUAAUUUGAGGAUCCUGUUGAACAAUGCAGCUCCUAGACAUGGUCACCAUUUCAUGGUUCGAAAUUUUCGGUGUGGGAAGGCACUACAAAAUGAAGUCCAAUUGAAGGGUCGUGACCUCCUCACUCUAAAGGACUUCACAGGAGAAGAAAUUAAAUAUCUGCUAUGGCUAUCUGCCGAUCUGAAAUUUAGGAUAAAACAGAAAGGAGAAUAUUUGCCUUUGUUGCAAGGGAAGUCCUUAGGCAUGAUUUUUGAGAAAAGAAGCACUCGAACAAGACUAUCCACAGAAACAGUGUGGUCAGCCAAGCAGCAACAUAACAGCCCUUGGGAGCUUGUUAGGAAUGCAAACCUCAGACCUACUGGAUUAGAAACAGCAGACAGUGUUGUGUUGUCUGGCAUGACAGAUGCAGUAUUGGCUCGAGUGUAUAAACAAUCAGAUCUGGACACUCUGGCUAAAGAAGCAUCCAUUCCAAUUGUCAAUGGACUGUCAGACCUGUAUCAUCCUAUCCAGAUCUUGGCUGAUUACCUUACACUCCAGGAACACUACGGCUUUCUCAAAGGUCUUACCCUCAGCUGGAUAGGGGAUGGAAACAACAUCCUUCACUCCAUCAUGAUGAGUGCAGCAAAAUUUGGGAUGCACCUUCAAGCAGCUACUCCAAAGGGUUAUGAGCCGGAUCCUAAUAUAACCAAGCUCGCAGAGCAGUACGCCAAGGAGAAUGGUACCAAACUGUUGAUGACAAAUGAUCCAUUGGAAGCAGCGAAUGGAGCCAAUGUACUAAUUACAGACACUUGGAUAAGCAUGGGACAAGAAGAAGAGAAGAAAAAGCGGCUUGAGGCUUUCCAAGGUUACCAGGUUACAAUGAAGACUGCUAAAGUUGCUGCCCCUGACUGGACAUUUUUACACUGCUUGCCCAGAAAGCCAGAAGAAGUAGAUGACGAGGUGUUUUAUUCUCCACGAUCAUUAGUGUUCCCAGAAGCAGAAAACAGAAAAUGGACAAUCAUGGCUGUCAUGGUAUCUCUGCUGACAGAUUACUCACCUACGAUCCAGAAGCCAAAGUUUUGA